UUGGUUCGAAUCAGCAUCAUGGCGGCUUCGGUGAAAACAGGAGAUUUGAAGAAAGCCAUUAAAAACAUUUUGAAAGAUGCCGACCUCGACUCUUUGUCGGCGAAGAAAGUUCGGCGAAAAUUGGAAGAAAUGUUCGGAAUCGAGCUCACAGACAGGAAGCAGGAGAUUGAUGCACUGACCAUGAAGAUGAUUACCGAAGGACAGGAGGAGGAAGAGAGUGAGAAGGAAGAAAAACCCAAGUCCAAGUCAAAGAAAACCACCAGCAUCAAAUCAAAAGGCAAUGAUCAUGUGACACGAAAUGGCCGAGCGGGAAAAGACUUAUAACUCUAAGCGGGAAAAGACACAAGUGAUGCAGAAGACACAGGAGAAAAAUCUGAUUCAUCGUUCGAUGAACCUGAACCUGUGCCGGUGAUAAAGAA